UUUCGCUCACACUUCCUUCCCCCGGAGGUCACAUCGGUGACAUUUCAGUUGUUCCCCAAACAGCUAAUAGAUUGCAACUCCUGUGGCCACCCAGGACCGGCCCAACCUCUUUCAUCUUGCACACACCCCACACCUCGCACCUCUGCGUUGAGCUGGCACCUGGAGCAGUGAUUCUGCUGCUGGGUGCGCUGACACGGCAGCGCUGUGAGCAGGUAUGUCUGUCACACUGCAGAGCGCGGGUAACAGGGAGACAAACUCAGUCACCCACGUCCCCACUUCCAGCCCAGAGCUGCCUGCCAGGGGGGCCAUGAGGAGGAGCAUGGAGCACCCUGUGAGGGCGGGAGGGGUGUCUGUCCUUCUGCUUUCCCAGUGCAGCGGGGAACCCCCAGCCCUGGGCAGAGGUUGUCCCACUGUCCUGCCAUCACCCUGCCUGGAGCACCAGGCCCCGAUGUGCUGAGCGCCUCAUGGGGACAACAAAACCCUUUUUCCUCUGACUUGGACUGGAUGUGAGUGCUUUCAGCUGGAGGACAGGAACACCACGCUCAGCUCAGAGUUCUGAUGACAGCUGCGCUCACACAUGCACGCCGCGGUUCCACCUCUCGUCCCUCCCUCCCAGCAGCGACGUGGUGCCCCUGGGAGCCAUGGCCUGGAGGCUGCGCAGUGCCUGCGUGGUCGGAAGCAGUGGGGAGGGGGUGUGGGAGGCACGGGAGCCGCGGGCUGAACAGGGGGCCAGGGAGAAGAUGCUGCCGCUCGCCCAUGGGUUGGGUGGCAGUCACUGCAGAUGCAGAGGGCAGAGUACAGCAUGCAGAGCAGAACGUGCUGCCGGCCCUGCCCUGCCCUGCUCUACUGCGGCAGUGCUGGAAGCAGAGCGCGGCAGUAAGGCCACUGAGCGGUUUGGAAGGGAAACUCAUGCCGGACUAUCUCAGGUCUGUGGUGGGGAGAUGGGCAGUGGAGGGGUUGCAGCAGGCCGGGCAGGGGUUCUGCUUUGCCCACGGUGCCACUGCCCCCCAUCCCGGUACCCUCCUGCUGCAGGUGGUAUGAGGGAUGAGGUGCCGGAAGCGCACGCUGCUGGUGCUGGCCCUGUCCCUGCUGCUCGGCCUGUGGCUGUUGUUCCGGGUCUCCAUGUCUGGCCCAGGCCUCCCUCCCUCCCUCCCCACCGCCCGCUGCACCGCCAGCAUCAACGCCUCCGCCUGGUUCAGCGCGCGCUACGAUGCGGCCGUGGGGCCUCUGCUGACUGGCCCGGCCCAUGAGCUCUCCCCAGACGUGGUUCACUGGUGGCUGACCCUGCAGGGCACCCCCAACACUGCUCCACUCCAGGCCAUAAUCCAGAAGCUCUUUGCUGUCCUCCCAGCCCCGAAUGGGAGUGUGUGGGAUCUGUCGCAGUGCAGGACAUGCGCCGUGGUGGGCAACUCAGGGCGGCUGAAGGGGUCCCGCCAUGGCUCGCAGAUUGACGCCCACCACUGGGUGCUGAGGAUGAACAGAGCUAAGACAGUGGGCUUUGAGGUGGAUGUCGGCGCGAGGACAACCCAUCACUUCAUGUACCCAGAGAGCGCGAUGAACCUCUGGCCUGGUGUUCACCUCGUCCUCAUCCCCUUUAAGCCACUGGACCUGAAGUGGGUGACCAGCGCCUUCUCCACAGGAGAGCUCACACACACCUACACAAGAGUGAAGCAGUUCAUCAAAGCUGACAGAAACAAGGUGCUGAUCCUGAGCCCAGCCUUCCUCAAGUACAUCCAUGAGAACUGGACGGAGCGCCACGGCAGGUACCCCUCCACCGGCUUCACAGCGCUGCUCUUCGCCUUGCACGCCUGCCAGCAGAUACAGGGCUGCAUGUGGUGGGUACUCACUGUGGGUUGGCCGACCGCCCGCACAGUGAUGGAGCUGCUGGCACGCCGCAGGUCUCCGUGUUUGGCUUUGGAGCAGACAGCAAAGGGAACUGGCAUCACUACUGGGAAGAAAACCGCUGGUCUGGAGCCUUCCGCAGGACAAGGGUCCACGAUGCUGAUGUCGAAUUCAGCCUCAUCCAGAGACUGGCAGCUGAAGGCAGAAUAUUGUUCUACCAAUGACACACGCCCAAGAAACGAGGCCAAGCCGUUAGCACAAGAACCAGCAGCUGCAGCGGCUCUUUAGCUUGCUUCUGCCCCUCGCUGGCCGGGGCAGCCUGCACUCCACGCGUGUUGCGGUGGUCCCACCAGCUCGGCGCUGCGGACAGUGGUGAGCAUGAAUGGCAGCAGAGCUCUGCUGAGCCUGGGAGAUGCCUGCUGCAGGUCCUGGUCUCCAAACAGGACACAGAGGGGCAGGAGUGGGGCUGAGCCUGUGCUUUGAGAGCCCGCAGUUCGGGUGUUACGCAGCAGGGCAGCUGUAACCGGACAGCGCGCACACAGCCACCUGCCAACGCAGCUCUCAGGGGAUGGAGCUGAGAUUUCCACCCUCUGAUGGCGCUUGGAGACGUUCACUGCUGUUCUUUGGGCAGGCAGAGUGUCUUUACAGAACUAAGGAAUAUAUUUUUAUAUUGUACCAAAGGAGAGUAAGAAACAAAAAAAUGAAGUGUGCCAAGUCAGAAUACAGCAGAAAUGAGUACAGCUGAAAUGAUAUGUUGAAUAAACUUUGAAAGCACACACGGACCUACUGCUAACGUUUGUUUUACUUUUUGAGCCCUUACUGCUCUGCACAACUGAUCACAGACCCUGAAGCCCUUCUGACCAGGGAUGGGAGCAAGCAUCAUCUCCUUCCAGCAACACAAGCACCACCCCAUGCCUCAUUUUUUUGCUGAUGCACUGGAACACACACUGGUUAUUUUGCAAGCAGGCUGCAAAAUUCAAAAGCUGUAGCCAGUCCAAGUGGAUGCUACUAAAGCAUUUGCAAAGGCAAUAGGUUUUCAGAUGUUUUCUGAGAAACAUGCCAAGCAUGGGACCAUUCAGAGCCCUGCUCCUCCAUCUGUGCUGCAGAGCGCAAUGACCAAGAGAGCAGCUCGUCAUUUCCUUUCAGUCACAAACACCAGUGUCCUUGAAUCAGACCCAGCUUUUCCAUGCCUGAAUCCUACUGAUCACGUGGAAAACCACCAGCUCAGUCACA